UCCCCGGAUGAAGGUUCGGCGUGAAUAUGGCGCAGAGAGCACGAGCAGCGCGCUCGUGAGGGCUUCAGUGAGACUGAUACGCGCACUUAGCCCGCUGAAGCUAACUUUACUCUCAAGAAACUUACCCGACCAUAUGAAGUUUAUUUUUCAGCGAACACUGUUCUCACCACAGGUCUGAUGGUCUACUGCAGCCAUGUUCAGCAAGAAGAAAAAGCAACGUGUCCAGAUCUCGGCACCCUCCAACUUUGAGCAUCGUGUCCACACUGAUUUUGAUGAGCAUGAGCAGAAGUUCGUGGGACUUCCGCGCCAAUGGCAGAGCCUCAUUGAGGACACGGCCAAGAGGCCCAAACCCUUCAUCGACGCCACAGUCAUCACUACUGUAGAGCCACGCAAGGCAAUCGUGCGGGGUCGCAAGAUCGGUGAUGAUGGCUCUCUCACGUGGCUCCUGGAUGAGUUUGACACCAUGUCGGUGAUCCGCUCAAACUCUCUGCGGAGAGGCAGUCCACCACCACCACCACGCAGAGACUCCGGAUCAUCAAUAGGAGGCCACGAGAAUGGCGAUUACCCCCAAUACAGACAUCCUGAUCGCUAUGGAGACAGCAAAGAGAGGGAGAAACCACGUCAGGAGCACCCAAGUGCUGAUCCCAGACAGUCUCAGCGACCAGCCCGUUCAUCCAGAGAGGACAGCAGACCUCACCAGCAGCCUCGCGGUCAGGAGCCCAACAGACACAAAGAGCCUGACUGGUCAGGAGGGCCAGCUCCACCGCCCCAGCACAGAGAACGAGACCGAGAACAACGUGGUCAUCAUGAUCAGGUUGUAAGGAGAGAGGGGGCCAAUGAUAAGAGGCCCAAAUCCAGCUACACUGGAAGGGACAGUAGCCCACAGACUCCCCGUGAGAAGAGACCACUGUCUGGGCCAAAUAUCCGCACCCCUAACCUACCUGUUACAGAGGGAGUAAUAAAGACUGCACAGCAGACUGGCCGGCCUUUCAACACAUACCCACGUGCUGAAAGUGACUCUGGAAGAAGCCCCAGCGGUCAGGAUUUAAAACCAGCCAAAUCUCAUGAACCUUCCCACCACAACGACCACCCUACUGGGGCUGUCCGGGGAGGCAGUAGUGGCAGUAAAACUACUUCUCAGGGGCAGCACAGAGCAGAGCCCCAGCAUCACGCCUCCCACCCAGCCUUAGGCCCUGAGCCUCCUCACAACCAGCAGAUUCCCCCGGCACCAAAACCAUCCGCCCCGACUGCACCACCCCAGCAGGCGCGCUCACCUCAGAGGGAGCCACAGCGGGUCUCCCACGAACAGUUCCGUGCUGCUCUACAGAUGGUGGUUGACCCCGGGGACCCACGCACUUAUCUGGACCACUACAUCAAGAUUGGGGAAGGUUCCACUGGCAUUGUUUGUAUUGCUACAGUGAAGACCACCGGCAAGCUGGUGGCUGUGAAGAAGAUGGAUCUGCGAAAACAGCAGCGACGAGAAUUGCUGUUUAACGAGGUGGUGAUCAUGCGGGACUAUCACCAUGAGAACGUGGUGGAGAUGUACAACAGUUACUUAGUGGGCGAUGAGCUCUGGGUUGUCAUGGAGUUCCUUGAGGGUGGAGCUUUAACUGACAUAGUCACACAUACCAGGAUGAAUGAGGAGCAGAUCGCCACUGUGUGUCUGUCUGUUCUGAAAGCGCUCUCGGUCCUUCACUCCCAGGGAGUCAUUCACAGAGACAUUAAGAGUGAUUCUAUUCUUCUCACCCAUGAUGGCAGAGUGAAGCUGUCAGACUUUGGCUUUUGUGCCCAGGUCUCUAAAGAGGUACAGCGCAGGAAGUCUCUUGUAGGAACACCCUAUUGGAUGGCCCCUGAGCUUAUCUCAAGACUCCCAUAUGGACCAGAGGUGGAUAUUUGGUCACUUGGCAUUAUGGUUAUUGAAAUGGUAGAUGGAGAGCCGCCAUACUUUAAUGAGCCUCCUCUCAAGGCUAUGAAAAUGAUCCGAGACAAUUUGCCACCCAAGCUCAAAAACCUUCACAAGGUCUCGCCACUUCUCAAGGGAUUCUUGGACAGGAUGCUCGUGCGAGAUCCUGCCCAGAGGGCCACAGCUCAAGAGCUGCUAAAGCAUCCCUUCCUGAGUAAAGCAGGCCCUCCCUCUUGCAUUGUUCCCCUCAUGAGACAAAACCGCAUGAGAUGAGAAGAGAAAUCAGGGUGGGAUCUGUCAGGCCCUCUACUGAGCUGCAGUCUGUACUCCACACACUUUAAACAUCUGAAAUGAUUGUACAGGUCAAGAAUUUUAGGAGAAAAGGCCAUUGAUGCUUGAGGCCUUUUUGGAACAAACAUUUUUACCACUGUUUUUUUUACACCUAUAGAGUACACCCCAUUUGGUGACAUGAAAAAGACACCAUUAGAUCCUUCACAGUGUUCUGCUCGAAGAGGUUUUCCUCUCUGGCAAAUUUAGAAACACCAGAGUGUUCUCAGUGGUUUUAUGCUUGACCUCUAAGACUGCUUUUGGGUGAACUGAGUUAAGGAGGAUUAGACAUAAUGAAAACAAACCACUUGCAGAUUCUAAUCUGCCCUCAAUGUAAAGCAACAAAUUGAUGGAUUUGUUCCAAACCUCAAGCUUUUUUUCCUGCACUUCAUCUUUUGCACCAGGACCACACUACUCAUUAAUCCAUUUGAACAGGAAAACAACUACUGAAGAAAUCUUUUAUUUUAUAAAAAAAAAAAAAAUAAUAAUAAGACUGUAAGAAACUCUAGGCUCCUGUUACAACACUAAGCAAUGGUAAACACUGGAGGUGUUUUGUUUCGGACCUUUUUUAAUUUUGUUUUAAUGAAAGUGGAGAGCUAUAUCGGUUUUGUUUUCAUAGUGUGUUUUGAGUGACAGUGUGAUAGUUUAAAACGCUGUUCUGAGAUUGAGCUGCACUCCAAUAUGAAGCUUCCUCCUUUGAUUCAUUGUUCCACUUUUUCAAUAUAAUAAGGGGGGGGGGGGGGGGGUUGGGUGUAGGGUUUUUCUUCUCUUCCAAAACUUUCACCAGGGCGCCACACCACAGAGGAGUUCGAGUUGUUUUCCAUGUAGGGCAGUCUGCAGGAGAAUAUCCUUUCAUGUGUGCUUAAAUCCUUCAGCUAAGUAGCUUACAUCUUUGAAGACUUGCGGCCUUUCUCUGAAAGAUUCGUUUGAAGGAGAGAUGCUGGACUGUACCAAUGUAUAGUUGAGAGUUACAUAUGCUCUAAUUCAGGAGAGCUUGUUCACAGGAAGUGGAACUUAUAGAUUGCGCUUGAUCCCACACACUAAAGUUUAGGCCGGAAUGCUCAUAUAAUUGGUCAUUUACAUGACAUUCAAGGAUUUAAGAGAAGAGUAAUGGAACAACCAAAGAUGCUCUGAAAUACUGGAAGUUUAUAGUCCGAACAUAUUCCAAGCACACUACAUCACAUCGCAUUAAAGGGAUAGUUUAUCCAAAAAUGAAAAUUGUGAUUUAUUCUCCUUUUUUUUUUUUCUUCUGCAAUGUUGUUUUGGAGCCCAUCAACAGAAGUAAAUGUGUGUGCAAAACAGAUGAAAUUAUGCCAUACAGGUUUGGAAGAACAUAACAAAUUUUUCAAUUUGGGGUGAACUAUCCCUUUAAGACUUAGUCACAAAGAUCCAGGACCAAAGUGGUUGAAAAUGCUGAAAAAAACAAACAAACUGAAAGGUGUUUAAAUAUUUAGUUUUGUUGUAGUGACUCCACAUGAGUAAAUGCACAUUUGUGUGAAUAUCAAGAUCACAGUUACAUUCGGUGAUUUACAAAUUGUUCGAAGAUGAAUUGUAGAUUAAUCCUAGACUGAAACGGUAGCUAAUGUAUAUAUUUAGAUUUUUUCGAAAAAAAAAAAAAUCCUUUUGCUGAUGGCCUAAACUGUAACACAGCAACCAUAACUCUAAUUGUAGAUGUGAAGGUUUGAGAAAAUUAAUGACAGACAUAAUUAAUAUAAAAAUACUAUUAGGAUUUACUAUUUUUUUUUCCACCAGUAAAAGUUUUUAAUUAUAUUUCUUUACAUGCUGGGCUGCGUUACUUUUUCAGAAGGUGAAAUGAUGACAAUCGGGCAUUGAAGCAAAGUAUAUACACUAGCAUUUAAAUGUACAUUCAGAAAUGAAUAAAUAAUGAAAUUGAGAGAGUAGCGUUUUAUAGGCUCAUGUUUAUCUGUGAAAUAUUGUAGGGAUUGUAGAUUGUUGCAUAACAUCCCCAGUGCACUGAAGCAACAGAUACGUUUAGCAUUUCUACAAAGAAAACAAUGCCUUAAUGCAUGAAUAUCUUUAAUGCAUAACUGAAAAUGAACAGUGGCACAAUUGUGGGCAGUGGCACAAUUGCUUUGUGACCAACCAUGCAUUCACUUUUUUAUAUAUUAUAAACCUGCAAAGUUGAAUGAUUAUUGACUGUUUUGAGAGAGGAUACCUCCUUUGACCACAAGCCUUAUGUUAUUGCAUUGUGUAAAUAGAAAAAUGCUGUACUGUGAGCAAAAUGGCAUAAUUCAUGAUUGUCUAAAAAAAAAGACUGAUCCAGCGAACGUGUUGAAUUGCUUCCAGAAAUUACUUCUCCUUUUUUUUGAAUCUCAUUCCCAGGCCCAAUCAGAGUAUGAUCUCUUGUGCGGUAAGGUAAUCUGUUUUGUUUGUUCAGUUUUUAAUUUUGUUCCUUAAUUGGUGCUCAUAAACAGUACUGCAAAUGCUCUAUGGAAAGGGUACAUUGUAUUAUCACUUUGUCUCUAUCUCAGAUUGUCGCUGCAUUAAAACUAAUGGAUUGCCCAUGUUCUGCUGAUGACUUAUUUUAAGCCUAAUAUGUUUCUAAUUAAUCUUGCACUGCAUUUUUUGAUUUAUAUCAUAAUUUUCUCAUCAUGUAGAUAGUUUUUUAAGAAACAUUGCUUUGAAGGUGGAAUAGAAGCAUGAACUUUGUGUCCUCACUGGCAUUCUGACAUCAUCUUGAUGUUGCCCCAUAUCUGACGGAGUAACUUUGGACUAAUGUGUUAAAAUCAUCUUCAACAUCCUUUUGGAACUGCUACUGACAGGCCUGCAUUUUUGUGACAUGUAAAAUGGUUCUGUUCAAAUUGGUUCUGUUGUUUUCUCUUUAUUGUUAUAAUGUCAUGUUUGGUGGUCAACCAAUGUCAGAGUUCCCUCUAUAACGUGAAUUUUUACUGGUGGUAAAAUGAACUUUAAACUGAUGUGUUUUUUCUUUUGUUUUACCAAAUACAGUUUUUAAACGACA